CAAAAAAUUUCAUUCCGUAAUCAGAUGAUUCAAAAACCAACACUUCACUUCACUCCAUUUCCAUACUAAAUCACUCUCAUCAUCAUAAUCCGCCAUGCGAACUCGUUUUAUCACCGAUUUCUUCAACUCAACCACCGCCGAUACUCAAACCCUAGAUUUCCUCCGGUUUCCACCUCCUGACCUCAAUUCCCCCAAUCUAUUCACCUUCGAUCACCUCUCGUGUUUCGAUCAAUUCACUUCCAUAGACAACACCUCUCUCGAUAUCGACACGCUUUCGUCCGAUGCCGCUCUCCGUAAGUUCCUCUCCGACGUCCUUCCGCAACAUACCGAUGUCAAAAUCGACCAAAUUCCAACGGAAAUAUCACCACAGGUGAAAAUUAAUGAUGUUUCAGAUGGUGCUGCUAAAACUAAUUUGACGUUGGUUGAAUUUGAAACUCCGGCACUUCAUACAUCCUUGGAAGAUUCUUGUUUUUUGCAUGAAGAGAAGAUGCAAAUUUUCUUUGAAGUCAUGAGUGCAGAAGAAGGCUCACAGGAUCUGCUUGAUUUCUCUACUGAAGUGCAACAACUGAUGGAUAUUAAUAAAUCAAUUUUCUAUGUAGAAGAUUUAAGUUUAAAGUUUCACGAAGAGCAUAGGCCUGAUAUCUUUGAAGAUGCGAGUUUGGUUACGGGCCAAAUAUCUUCCAAUCUUAGAACAUUUCCUCUUUUGGAAGUAGACGAGACAAGUCUGGGAAUUAAUAGCUAUAUAUCAGAAGACAUACAUAUGAUAUUUGAAACUAAUGAAACCCAACAAUGGAUGCAAAAAGAUGAAUCGACAUGUGAUGCCAAGGAGCUCUUGCUAUCCAUGGAAUUUGACUUAUUGGAACAUCUUUUAAACCAGCCUCCUGCCGCUUCCGAUAAAUUUGAGGUACCGUGUGUGAACUUUCCUCCAGGAGAGGACAUAAUUAGUGCCAUAGAGCACCCGGUGAAUGAAUAUUCUUUGACAUUGGGCCCACCUGAAUUUGAGAAAUUUCAGUUCUUUGAUAUGAACACCUCACAUUUUUCUGAAGUAUUCUCUGAUGCUGAAAUCAUAAAUGAAGUAGAACACUGUCAACAGAUGUUUGGUGACACAAUCUUAAACACUUUCAACAGCUUAAUUGUCUCACACGAACUUAUUCUAAGAGAUGAUACUUUCAGAUCACUACCUGUUCCUAUUAUUUCUGAUCAUGAAAGGGUACUGUCGGUGCAAGUAAUUGUUGAGGAAUUAUUUUUAAAGUUGAAGCCGCAGCCUUCUUCUACUUCAGAUGACAUAUACUUGGAUUGGCAUUUUUUAGAGGAAGAUACUUUCAGUGAUAAUAUAUCCACUUCUUCUAAAAUGUUCGAGGAUAUAGAAACUUGCUGUAUUGAUAUAGAAAUGUAUCCGGGUGAUAGUCAAAUGCUGAUAUUGGAGUUUGUUUUAUCUGAUGCAUGCUCAGAUGAGAAAACCACAAAAGAGAACGCUGAGGUACUGAACAUAGAAAAGAGUGGAAAUUUGACUGAUCCUGUGUUUCCUGAUGGAACUGCUUCAAGUAACUUGAUUGAUAUAUGCCAGAAGAGGUCUAGUGGAGAAGCUUUCCUUGACAAUAAGGUUGACAAGUCUCAUCAGCUUCCUAAGUCGAUGUCACAGUUUGAUGAUCUUGACUUUUUCUUGCACCCCUUGGAGACUACUUGUAUGAAAAAGCAAAAACACGUUGCUAAGAAACUUGAAAUGGAUAAGUCCCUUCCCCUGAUUUCAGCAAACUGCCCAAUUGAGAUGCAUCACACCAUCCAAAAAGAGUGGAAAGGCUCAGAGAAUGAGUCCAUCCAAAAACAGCAUAAGUUCUUAAAAAACGAGUCCAUCCAAAAGCAGCACAAGUUGUUGGAGAAUGAGUUUCACUCAAGUGGAGAUUUUCAUCCUACUUCAAUGCUAAAUACAGAUAGCAAGCAUUCAGGACCAUCACAUUCUACACUUGUUGAGGAAAAGCGUAGCAUGAAAUCGUUGGAAGCAACACAACUGCUCUUUUCUACAAAGAAAGUCAAUGCAAACACGACUUCAUUACCUGAUGCCAUCAUAAUUGUGAACACCCAAAAUGUUGACACAGAUAUGAUAAUUUCUAGGAGAAGCACAUACCAACGAAUCCUUGCAAUGGAGAAAGGAGGAGUACAGGUAGUUGAAAGAGAUCUUAAUCUGUCAGUUGAUGUUAUUCUCAGUGCUGCAGUUUGUUUAGUGUUGUAUGAUAUCAAAAACAUUAGAAGGAAGACGGCUGCUUCAGAUAACGCUUCUUCAUUCUUACCUUCAUGCGUCGAAAAUAUUGCUGCAAAUGUUUUGACAUCACUCAGUUUUGCUUUCAGUAGCUGCAUACUGAUAUUUGAAGGAGAAGUUGGUUUCCUUGCCUGUGUAAUGGAAUUAUCAGAUGAGCUCUAUGUUGCUGCAGCAAGUCUAGGAAUUGACUUGCAACUCUUUUAUUCAUAUUCAUCUGAGACAACUAAUGAGAUAAUAUUGAACUCUAUUGCACAUGCUGCAAAGUCAACAAGAGGCCUAUAUCCUAGGAUGCCCGAAUCAGAAACUCUAGCUGAAUCAUUUUUAUCCAAAUUUCCUUCACUUAAUCCACUCUCAGCUCAUGCAAUUUUGUCUUCGGUCGGAACGCUUGUGGAGUUUUUUGAAAUGACUCAUAAGCAAAGGGUUUGUGCCCUCCAAAAGUAUCUUGUUCCUGAUGCAAGUAUCACACUAUUUAGUGCUUUGUCCAGAUAUGGGGAGCGAGAGGAUUCUAGAUCAGGAAUGACAGAUUGCUGCUCUUCAGUUUCUUCUGGUCAUGACUCUGGGAAUUGUUGUCCCAAUGAGCUAAAGAAAAGAAAGUAUCCUGGGAGUCCUGAGACAAAGGCCAUCCCAGUGGACGAUUUGUUGCAGUUUGAGCAAAGUAAUGUCACGUGGGAUUUUCCAAAAGUUGAUUCACAUAACUAUUGGAAUUUAAACACCGAAGAAAUACCUGAUGAUAUUGGAAACUCUAAUAGAGGUUUUGAUAAGAUCUAUGCUGGUGAAAAGCAAAGAUCUGAUCCAUGUAUGAAGAUGAAUCGUCCAAGUUUUUCUGAGACAUCAUUUGGUCAAAGCAAGAAAGUGCAUUUGCCCAUUGUGGACAAGUCAGUCGGUCACACGAAUUAUAACUCAAAAGGUUUAGUUGAGGGGUAUAAAGGGGAAGUUAUUGACGUUGAUGAUGAUGAUGCUAUAGCAGUUGAGAACUUCUCUUUUGUGAACCCUACACACUUAUCAUCUGGUUGGUGCAGUCUUCCUACUUUCCCUACAGCUGCUGAGAUUAGCUCAGAUUUAGAUUCGUGGAUUCCUACAAAAGAUAAUGGAAAGAGCUUGAGCGCAGAAGUUACACUAAAUUCACAUAUAGAUCUAAUGAACAACUGCACACCUCUAGAGGAGUGUUCAUUAGUAAACUCUACAGUGAAUUUCAGCAUGCCACCUUUUGAAGAGAAGGAUCCAUUAUAUGGUAGGACACCACUCUCGAAAGCUAUUUUAUCUGCUCAACCACAGAAAGGAUCACCUUGGACUAUAGAUUUUCUUAACAGAAUGAAAGAAAAGAGAAAAAUGCGUCAGCAAUCUCUGCCAAACAUAUCAUCUGCCCCCUGUUUUGGUCACUCUGAGAACUCGCCAAACUUUAGAAAGCGAAAAAGUCCAUCUAUACUUGACCUGUAUAGGUAUCAGCAGAGCAGCACGGUGCAAGGCUUGGAACAUAAAAGGCGACAUGUUUUUACGCAACCAUCAAGUUCAUCAAAAGCUGUAAAGGGCACUGCCUCACUUCAGUCACGGACUCCAAUUGAUAAGAGAGCAAAAAGGAAGCUAACUUUUGCCACCAACGGAAGCAAGGGCCAAAGUAGGCUGGUCUGGAGUGAUAAGAUUGAUCAAACUAUGCAAGGAAGAUUGUAAUGUUAUAACUCAUUUGCACCUGACAGACCAGUAUAUUGUCUAGGUUUGGUACAUUAUCUAAGUAGUCAGCUCAUAGUUCAAUACAUAUUUUAGCUAUACGAUGUUAGUGGUAUACUUGAUGGCUCACUAAAUUCUACUUUAUGUCUAUCAUUAAUGGAAAAAUUGGUGGUUAUACACAAA